AUGGCAGAGAAGAGAUCCAAGAAAUCGAAAGAUAGAAAAAUCUCUAAGCGCGAUGAAGAAGCGGAGGAGGCUAUGCAUGAUGUAUUCGAACCGCUCAGUGAAGCGCUUCUGCAAGAGCUCAAACCACCGAUCGUACAGUUACAACAAAACACUAAUGUCUUCCAACUACCCCCUCCUCCACCGAUCGAGCAGUUACAACAAAACACUAAUGUCUCCAAACCAUCCUCUCGUCCACCGAUCGAGCAGUUACAACAAAAUACUAAAGUCUCCAAACUACCUCCUCGUUUACCAAUGGAACGUAAUGCAUCCAAAAUGAGAGUCCCAAUGGAGAAAUCGAAGGACUCAUAUCAUGUUCAAUCAGACCUAUUGGAAAUCCUACAGACGGAAAACAAUCCCAAUGAACACGUCGGUUUAUUUUCUUCUCCCGUUUCAACUAAAAAAUCUGCUCGGUUGUUUUCCGACGAUGACGAUGAUAUUUUUCUUGGUGAAAAAGAGCGGCAAAAUCUCAUUCCAACGCCUAUCUUACCACCUAUAUCGCGUACGUGCAAUCUCAAUGACAUAUUUCGAGAUUCAUCUCUAUCGCCAUCCAUCAAAGCCUUCAAAGACGCGUGUUCUGAAUAUGCGAGAGCAUGUGGAAAACUUGAAUGUUAUGGAAAUGUGUUGUUAACAGACGUUCAUCUGUAUGAAUUGAGUCAACUAGAAUGGCCACUUUUGGACAAAAUUCAAGUGCGAGCUUGUCCACAUAUUACACCCUUUGGUUUAAGUUAUCUUCGGAAGAUCAAUGAGAAACAUGACCUUCGAUCAGUCCAAUUCAAUGUCGACUUGUUAAUUCAUGAUCGUCAGAUGAUCGAAAUCGACAUGAACUCAACCACUGCAACGAUUACAAAACUGGAAGAUUUCUUCAAACAAAGUGUGAAAACGUCUAUCUCUAAAGUUUUGAUCUAUCAUACAACGUCUCUACCAAACUCCACUCUCUCACCAGAUAAAAUGAUCAUCAAUCAAAUCCAAAAGGUCAAAGAAAGUUCUCCGAUGACCAUCAGCUAUCUAUUGACAACAUCCGGACAAUGUCAAAUCGCCUAUCUCGAAUGUGUUAACUCUAUUCUCUUCAAAGAAUUAAGCACAUCUUUUCAUCCUCAAAUAGUUUAUCUCGUUGUUUCCAAUACUGAUGAUUUACUAAAAUGUCUCUUCUCAAUCGAUUGUGAUCUAUCGUUCUCAAUUUUGAAUCACCAACUUCGAUUAAUUAUUGACAAUCAUGAAUCUGUGGAUCAUUUCCUAUCGGACCUCCAUUCGAAAUUGAAAUCGAUCAGUAAAUCGGCACAUGAGCUCUAUACGCAUCAUGUGUACAAUGAUAAUCCAAAUGUAUCGGAGAAUGACGAUUAUCGACGAAAUCAUUUUCUUAGUAGUUUGUUGCACACACAAACCAAAUGCGAUUUAUUAACGAAGAAAUUAACCAAAGAUCAAUGUUUACUUUCUAAACAGAAGGAUUCGUCAUUUCUUCCAAAUCAUAUGGCAAAAGAUGCUGUGAAACACUGUGAUACUUUAUAUACAUUUAGUUUCGAGAAGAUGCCGAAUGAAACGGUGGUGAAAACAAGCGAGUCGGUCAACACAUUUAUCAAUCAGCUAACAAAAGAAGCAAAAGGAAAACGGGAAGAAGAAGUAUUACCUAGUUCAAUGAAAUUAGCAAAGAUUUAUUUUCAACAUAAAUUAAUAACUGAUACUGUUCUUGAUAUUCAUUCGACAAGUAGUGGAGAGUCGUAUUACGUUUCGAAUAUGGAAUGGUUUUGCCAAAUGUUGAAUAAGUUGCUCAAUAUUCAAUCGCGUCCGCAUCGAAAAACCGAACAAGUCUUUGAUCAAAUCAAAUCUACAAUUGGCUCAGAUGUUCAUUUGUUGACAAAAUACGAUUUCAAAAAUUUUCAAAUCAAUCGCGAUGAAACCAAUUUCUUUCAAUGGCUAUUCAACACUUGGAAUAUUGGUUUCUCGAUAAACACGAACGAUCAACAAAUGUUUCUUUUAUCCAAUUCGAUUGCAUCGAAACCACCCGUUCCUUUAAGUACAGUUUGGCCGGAGACAUGGGAAGAGGAUGAUCGCGAAUUUGUUAUCCACUUUCGAUUAUUACAUCCAUGCGAUGCAGCCAUUUUAUUUGAGUUUUAUAAAUUGCUUCCUUCGCAGAAAUUACUGCUUGCUUCAAGAGAUUUUCUGUUGAUUCUAGAAGGUGCCGUGGAAAUUUUAGUCCAAUACCAACAUGAAAUCGAUCGUGGAACAGAUAUCAGGGUUACUUUCCGUACGCUUGAUUUACUUCCGAAAGAUGCAUCCGAUCUUUCGAGCAGUUUUGUUCAAGAAUCAUUUGAAUAUCUCAUCAGAGAAUACUAUGUCAUCAUUUGGGCUUAUCUAUUCAAACUUGAUUAUGCUUUCAAAGUCCGAACAGGCAAUGCUAAAACAUCCGAUUCUCUUGAAACCAUUGUCGGUAAUGAAAUCAUGACUUCGAAAUGGCAUCAUCUAGCUUUAUAUCAUUACUCACCUGCUCCGACAUUGUCCACUGCUUGUUCCGUGUGUGGCCUUCGUCCUGCAGCCAAUAAAUCGCUUUAUAGGGCAUGUGCAACUUUAUCACCUGCACGUCACACAACGACGCAGACGGAAAGUGAAACAGAUCCAUCGGGCUUUGUCGUACUUGAUAUAGAACGCAAACAGGCUACUUUUCGUUCUACAAAAGGAGAUCAGUUCGAUGCUAGUUCACUUUCCACUACAUUUUCCUAUACUGGUAAACAGUGUUUGACACCAGAGGGAUGUAAUUCAUUUGAGGUCGUAUUUGUAAGUACGGAUGAUGCUACGCCAGUAUCGCCGGUAGCAUUGUUCUCAUUGAUGGAAAUAGGAUGUUUGAUAAAUAACUCUCAAAUAAAAGAAGAUGAGAAAAUACUCUUUGAAUAUGGUCUCAAUGUGAAUACGUCAGUCGAAAAAUCCGAAAGAAACGCACAAAAGCAAGAACCGAUGAGUUUCCUUGACGAAAUUCGUAAUUUCGGUGGCGUAGGUGGUUUAAAACGAUCAAAUGCAAAAAAGAAAAAAACCGACACUGUACAGGAAUUCUACAAUGGUUUACGAUUACGUAUAGAUAUUAUUCUCACUCAUAAACCUAACACAUACGAAAUGGUUUUAUCCAUUAAUGACAUUCCAUGGUCUCGGAAAACAAUUCGACGUAAAACUGCUCAGACGACGCUUCAGCCCUAUCUUCAAACUCCAGGAAUUUCUAACGCAAACCAAAAUAUACGACUAUUUAUCCAUCACUAUACGACAGCUCUUGAUAAAGCAUUUGUUGCAAAUCCAUCUGACAAUGAUGAACAUAUUUUUGAAAGUAAAAUCGAAACUCCCUGGAAAGUUGGUAUGCGUCUCGAAGCUAAAGACCGAAAAAAUCCAUCUAUAUUAGCUGUUGCAAACAUCAUCGAAGUGUACGAAGACAAUCGCAUACGAAUUAAUUUUGACGGAUGGACCUCAACGUAUGACUACACAGUUGAAACUGAUAAUCCUGAUCUACAUCCAUGUGGUUAUUGGGAAUAUAUUCAACGAGUUUUAUACAAAAAUAUCAAUGUAACCAACGGACAUUCGCAUUUGACAUUCAAUCGUUUCGAUAAACCAAAAUCUUACAACGGUGCGUUCAGUUGGCGAAACUAUUUAACAGAAAAGAAUGAACAACCAGUGCCAUAUGAAUGUUUCAAUUAUUUACAAACGGAGGGUAUGCCAAUCGAAUAUUUUCCUCAUGGUAUAACGAAAUCGGCAUUUAUUCGUCUCUCGUGUCGUCAUUAUCACAAUGUUCGAGUUAAAUAUCAAAAAAUGAAUACAAUCGUUCAAAAUGAAAUCGCUAAUCAAAUUCUUUUUGAGCAUCGCAUCAAAUCGACAAAUGCCACUUCUUUGACAAGUUCAGGCGUAAUUAUGUUACCAGCAUCGUUCGAUACGACAAUGUUAAUAUAUCCGUGUUUGAAACAAUUUCAAAAUGGAACUGAUAUCAAUCUCCAUCUGACUUGCAAUCAUCGAUGUUAUUCGCCAUUGGAUUCGAACACGAUUGUAUUCGGUUGUCAUUUAAUAGAUACCAAAGGUAUCGCACUAAAUAAAUCGGAACUUGAUAUGUCGAUUAUUUCAAUCUGUAUGAUGACUGCUAUUGAUCUUGCUCGAAAUCAAAAACAUCCAAUUGCACCUUCGACAUCACAACUAAUUUCGGACAAAAACGGUUCAUUCUCCAAACAAACGAUUGAAGUCUACAUGCGUUCUUGGUUGGAGUUAAGUGCGUAUAUCACAUGUAUGCGAUCAACCGAUUUCUACAUUCAACGCUACGGAGUCAAUAUCACAGAAGAAACUCCUGAGUUAUUCCAUACGAUUUAUAAUGACCAAGAAUUAUUUGCUGGUUUUAAGAAAACUUGCGCCGCUAUUAGUCUUUCUGAUGAAAAUUUGCUGAGAAAACCUUAUCUGGAGUUCGGAAAAUAUGGUGAAUGUUAUUACUGCAGUUUGCUUCGUGAUGAUGAAAGCAAAGUGAAAACAUCGGACAUAUCCUUUCAACAACGUAUCACUGCGAUUGGUGACUAUGCCGCAAGUAUAUUCUACUUUGAAAUGAGAAAGCCGAAGAAAAAUCCAUUACAAAAUCGUUUGCUGUUUAACGAUGAGUUCUUCGUUAAAUUCAAUGCUUUGGAAUACAUAGACGCUGAUAACGUUGUUAUCGAUCGAUUUCAGUUAAGUCAUAAAAAUGGUGAUGCACUGAGGAACUUAACUUUUCUUUCGUUGGAAAACAAUGAUUUGAUAACGAUUGAUGUGGAAUUUCGUUCGUUGAAGAAAUUGUCACAUAUUAAGUUGAGUCAAAAUCCGCUGGAGAGUUUACCAAUCGAUCUUUUCACUCCGCGAUCGUUGCAAUCUGUCGAGUUGAACGAACUUGGUCAAUUAAUUGACAUCAACCCAAAUUCAAGAUUUUCAUCCGAUUUAAAGACUUUAACAAUAACAAAUAGCAUCUUCUCGACGUUACCAUUGACAUUAUGUGCAGACGGUCGAUCGAAAUUAACAAAAUUAGUAUUGAACGGUGUACCCUGGUGGGGAAUUGAUGGCAUGAGCGUGAAUGAAGUCGUUCAGUAUGAAUCGUUCAUGAAUAAAUUUAUUCCGUACUUAAGCAAGGAUGAAUUAUCAGCAAUCUAUCAAAUGUAUGAUGAAGAUCUUAAUGGAGUGUUAUCCUAUUCGGAGAUUAAUCUAAUGAAUGCACAUAUCUAUCGUUUUCUUCCGCGUUUAAGACAAACUCAAACGAAAAUACCUGGUUCUGGUCGAUCGUCGGUUGAACCAUCAAGCACCAAUGACUUAGAUGCUUCUAAACAAGAAUCAUUCCUUCUCGAUACAUCAGGCUUUCCUUCAUCGAUCUUUCAAUUGGAACAGCUAACGUCUUUGACUCUUCAAUAUCAAGCGAUUAAAACUGUUCCCGAUGCCAUCAAACAGCUUCGAUAUUUGAGCGAACUCAAUUUGAGUCAUUGCAUUGAAUUGGAAACAAUCAGUCCAGAAGUCGGAUUAUUACCACUGAAAGAACUGAAUUUAACUGGAUGUGUCUCGUUGAAAACGCCACCAGCGGAAAUCAUCCGUCGUGGACUUACACAAACAAUGGCGUUUUUACAACGGUUGAUCGGCGGUUCGACGACAUGCAAGCGAACAAAACUGAUGUUAGUAGGUCUGGGAGGUGCAGGAAAAACAAGUUUAGUUCGAGCUUUUCUCGCCUCCCAUUCCGAUUCGACGCCAGAAGUGACUGAUGGUAUUGAUAUUCUCAAAUGGAAAGUACCACUGGGUGAACCUGAUGAUGUACUAGAAUUCAGUGUUUGGGAUUUUGCUGGGCAAUCGGUUUAUUAUCAUACGCAUCAAUUCUUUUUGGCAAAGAAAGCUGUUUAUGUCUUAGCUUGGAAUAUUCGUUUGGGCGCUGAACACGCUGGUCUUGACUUUUGGCUUUCAUCGAUCUGUUGUCAUGCGCCAAAUGCACCUAUUUUCGUUGUCGGUACUCACAUGGAUCAAGUCUCUCGUAUUGAUUUGCGCCAAGAUGAUCUCAAACGACGUUAUCCUCAAAUCUCUGAAUUUAUCAAUGUUAGCACAUACACAGGAGAAAAUGUCGACAGUUUAAUCGAAAAUAUCAUUCGAACAACACUUGCAUUACCUUACAUGGACGAACAAAUUCCCAAAGCAUGGUUGAAUUUUGAAAACAUCAUCACUACGCGCAAGGAGGACAUUCUGGAAUACAAAGAAGUGGAAGAAAUCGCUCAUGACGCUGGAAUAUUCGAACCCGACGAAGUCUUACAAUCAGUUCAAUUUCUCCAUGAUCUCGGCUCGCUACAAUAUUUUGCAUCGGAACAGUUGAAAAACUACGUUGUCAUCAAUCCACAAUGGAUUGUCAAUGUUAUGGCUUGCAUUGUCAGUAUUAAAGAUAGUCCAGUCAAAGACGGAAGAUUAAAUUAUUCAGAUAUUGGAAUCAUUUGGAAAGAUUAUCAGGAAGAGUUACAUCCUUGGAUACUGAAAUUAACCGAAGCAUUUGAUUUAACAUUCCCCGUACCUGAUCAGAAUAUGAAUUUAGUACCAUGUUUGUUGCCUGAAGAAGAACCGGAGUAUACAUGGAAUGAAGACGAUACCGAUCCAGAACAUCGAGAAUUGAAAGUUGUGUACACAUUCAAUUAUCUUCCUGCGGGUUUAUUCAACCGAGCGCAAGUUCGUCUUUUUCAAUUUUCGGAUAAAUCCACAAUUUGGCGAUAUGGUUCAUUAUUAGUCAAGAAUAAUCAUCGAGCAGUUAUAAUUCGUUCUGAUGAUCGGCAUAUUGAUAUUAAAAUUCAAGGUGUCCGACCAGAUAAUAUUCUUUUCCUCAUUCAUGAAGUUUUCGAAGGGCUCGUCAAUGAAUCAUUCUUUGGUGUUACAUAUGACAUCGCAUUUCCAUGUCCAGAUUGUGUUGAACUCGGUACCAAUGAACCAUGGCAAUUCUCCUCUUCAUUAAUUAAUCGCGCUAUCGAACUUAAGUCGCCAUCAAUUCAAUGCCAUCGUUUCUUUCACGUAGCAUCUGUUACCGACUUACAAGCACUUGUUCCACCUGAUAGUAAAAGCAAUUAUGAUUUACAUUUGGAAUAUUCCGUACGUGACCUGAAAUCUUACAAACAAAACGUGGCAGUGGAUAUCGUCUAUCUCUAUCCAGCUGAGCAUAUUCCAACGGCUAAUCAAAUUGAAACGAAAGUCGAUCCGAGAAAAAUCAACGAUGACCUCACAAAACGCGGUCUGAAAAUUUGGUCACCUGAUUCGAUGAAAGAAUUCAAAAUUGAAAAUCAUUAUUUAGUCAUUAAAGAAGCCAAAUCUAUUCUCUUUGGUAUUUCAACCGAAUUGCUUCAGAAUACUGAAAAUAGGAAUCUCUGCGAUGCGUUACAAACCAUUCUGAACAUUUUACGCAAACCAAUCAUUCCGAUUCUGUUUGGAACGGAUUCGAAAUGGAAGGAGAGUGACAUUGGCGUCGUCUUAUCAGACAAACUCUACGUUAAUAUGCAAAAUCCGAAACGAUAUGACAAUCGUAUUCUUGAAUUAGUCGAUUUAAUUGAACAGGAGAACGAGAGUAACAGCAAGAGUAAACAACAAUUACGUGAUGAACCAACGGAUGUAUUUAUCAGUUAUUGUUGGGCGAAUUCACACGAUGCUGUUCAUAAAGGAACAAAACCAACUGCUACUUCCAUUGGUUGGGCAGACCCACGAUCUUUGAAAGAUUAUCUGGAAGGACGUGGUUUGAGUGUUUGGAUGGACAUUACUCGUCUAGGCAAUUCUGGCGUACUUCAUGAAAUUGUUCAGGGUUUGAAAAAUACUCGAUUGGUCAUUGCAUGUGUAUCCGAUGAAUACACACAAAGUGAAGUUUGUCGAAAUGAAUUUCUCUUUGCUAAAAAUACUCUUCGGCUACCUGUUAUUCUCGCUGUGUUUGGCAACGGAGAUAAAUGGCGAACGACUGAAGUCGGCAUGUGUAGUUUGACUUGUCAACAGAUCAAUUUUCAAUUCGAAAAUCCUACUGCUUUCGAAGACAUCUUUGUUUUGAUACAGAACGAUCUACCAAAGCGGAACACCUCAAUGAAAGACGUAUCGAACGCCAAAUCAACAGCAGAAACUGCACAGAAAACCACUGAAGCCUAUCAUGAACUGUUCGAAUUGACACAACGAAAAUUUCUUCGGCUGACAGCUGGCUUUGCUGAGGCGAUGACCACACGAGCAUAUCCUCGUUUAUUCGCUGUAGAUUUCAUACGUGAAAAAGAGAAAUCUGCCCAGGAAUUACUUCGCAUAGAAAUUGUCAAUCAAAUGAAUUCCCAACAUGCACAACAGGCAGACAACAAAGAGGAUAAUGCACGGGAUAAAGAAGCAGAACGACAGCGAGAUAAAGAAGUCCGUGAAACGGAAAGACAAACUCAAUCUCAAGAUCAACCUCCUCCGGAAAAAGUAAAAAAGUUAUGCAUACGUGCACUUUGUGAAAAUGAAGAAAACUGGCACGCAUCGGGCUCUCCAUUUGAGAUAACCGAUAAAGCUAUUUUACAAAAUAGCGUUUCUUAUCUCACGCGUAUUAUGCUUCUUUUGAAACAAAGUGACCUAGCAUUGGAAAUUCUGACGACUGAUGAAGGUGAAGCUGAAUUACGAAAACUUGAUGAGCUUGCCAGUUCGAUGAAUAUGGAAGUGAAAGAAUCUUACGGACAUUUACGCCGAUGGAUUAUGGACUGUGAUACAGAGGAAAAAUUGACUGGCUUGAAACAAUGUUUAAUGCCAUCCGGAAAAGUUUUAUGGCUUUGUGAAGAACAUCAAAACCAACCACGAAUUACACUCGUCACAGGGUCAGUUACCGGUGGUUAUACUCGUCCACAAGCUGAAGAAAAGAGUGAAAUCGUAAAAGCUUUGGCGAAAAUCAAUUCACGAAUUGCCAAUAAUGAAUUGCCUGGACCUUCAGUUCGAGUUCCAGCUGCGGAGAGUACACGUCGUGGGUCAUCCGAUCGACAACAGUCGCACAGGUACAGCCGACAGGAAUCGACGUCGAUUAAAACUCAAGCGAAUAAUCUUCGAGAAAUCGAUGAAAGUAAACAGGAAGAAGACGAUGCUGAUUACAAUGAAAGAAUUUCAAAUACAAAAGAAAAUUCGAAUCAAGAUGAAGAAACUGAAAUGACCACGACGAACUGCUCAAUCAUGUGA